AGAAGGGAGAUAAUGACGUGGUCCAUGUAUUUUAAAAAACCGUGCCGUCACGCCAGAAAAAUUCACUUCCUGAUUAAAUGACUUGGAGUUAAGUUCAUUCAUUUUUCCUAUAAAUGGAGAGAGGGAUGUCUUUGUACCUGGCGUUCCCCCUUAUUCUUUUGGAAUUCUUAUCAGCAGAUGCCUGUACCCCUAGCAUAUCUGGUUCAUCGUCCAUUAACCUUAAGGUUGGUGAACGUCAUACUUUCAGUUGCAGUUAUUCAUCAUGCAGUACAAAUAGGACAAUAUCUUGGCGACUAAAUUCCGUAACCCAGACAACCAAUGUAAACGUGAUUUAUAGUACGAGCAUUGGUUCCAGUAAUGUAACACUAUAUGCUGGCAAUGCUUCCUUCACAUAUACCCCGUCAAGACCAUCAUCUACCAGUCAAAACACAGUCACGGUGUACUGCUAUGCAAGGACAUCAAGUGAUUCUGUCAGGGUGAACAUACAAUAUGGACCAGAAGUUGCCAGAUUAAACAAAACAGGAACCAUAACCCUAACCGAGUAUGACCCCACUCCUUACAUUGCUUGUGAAUCAACUUGCAAUCCGGCAUGCAAUUUUACUUUUCUUAGAGGCGGAUCAACACGUCAUACCGGAGUCUUUUUUCGACGGUUCGUUCAACGAACUGACACCGGGACUUAUACUUGCAAGGCUUCCAACAGAGUUGGUUCUAUAACUUCCAGCACGAAUUUUAAUCUGAAUGUGCAAUAUCCUCCCAAUUUUCAAUUGUCACGUGUUCCGUCUUCCAGUCAAGUUGAGGAGAGAACUGUAGUCACCUUCACUUUUAAACCACGUGAGGAGGGUAACCCAACUUCAUACACUUUUCUACAGUGUAAUCACACCACCUUUUCCGGCGAGUUUCUCAGAAGUAUCGACUACAAGAAGACCUUAUCUCAGCUUACAUUUUCACUUCAAAAUGUAUCAAUAACAGAUGGAGGGCGGUAUAUCUGUGCAGUGACCAAUAAUAUUCCGUUUAGAAAUGGAAACAAAAUUGUGACAGCGUCUUCUGCUUUACAAAUUAAAACUCCACCUAUAGUUCUGAUGGAUACUAAAAAUGUGACGCUAAAUGGUGACGGAAACUGGACGUUAAGCGUAGAUUUCAUCAGUCUUUCUUACACACCAGAGAUUUUUUGGUACAAGAUCGUAGACGACAGAACUGCAGAUUAUCUGGAAAAUAUAGAUACGAAACAGAAAGGCCACACAAUGAAAAAGGACAAUGUCAGUUUUAGUAUACCAAGCUAUAUAACAAGUGUCAAGACCAAGGAUCCCGGUAAAUACUUGACGUUUAUAAAAAACUCAAUGGGGAAUGCAGUAGUUCAGUAUCUCAUCGCAGUUCAAGUACCUGAGGAACUCUCGAGUGAUUCGGGAAUUGCACUGAUAGCUGUAGGAUCUGUUUUCCUCGUUCUGAGUGCCCUUGCCAUUGGGAUGGCAGCGUUCUUAUUCUACAAAACUAGAGAACAAAGUACGUAA